AUGGAUGAACACAUUCUAAGGAGAUUAAAUGUGUUGAUAGUUGAGAAGUCUAAAGUGCAGGUGAAGGUCGUGCAAUGGGUUAAACCGAGAAUGGGACGCUUGAAAUUAAAUCUUGAUGGCAGCUAUUUUGGGAAUCCCAGUCCUGCGAGUAGGGGUGGGCUGCUUCGGGAUUAUGGAGGUAAUUUGGUUUUUGGUUUUUCAAAAUUCUUUUAUUCUUGUUCUAAUAACGAGGCAGAGCUUCAGGCUGUUAUUGAGGGAAUAAAAAUUUGCCGGCAAAGGGGGUUAAUGUGUAUAGACAUAGAGUGUGAUUCUUUAUUGGUGGUUUUGUGGAUACGUUCUCGGAUUUGUACAGUGUGGUAUCUUUGGGAUUAUUGGGAUGAGCUUUUGAUGCUUUUGGCAAAUUUUGAUUUCUCUAUUUCUCAUGUAUUUAGAGAAGGGAAUCAAGUGGCGGAUGCAUUGGCGAAAUGUGGUGCGUUGGGUGAGAAUAACAUAUUUAUUGAUUGUUUACACCUUCCUUGGGUGAUUAGAGGGUUGUAUAGAUUGGAUAAAAUGGGCACGGCGUAUGUUAGCUGUAGAAGAUAA